UUGGAGUUGCGGGGAAUCGACACUCGAGCGGUGGAAUUGGAAGAAAUACCGUUCAAGGCGGCCAACAUCUCCUACGCACAUGGCCUCGUUUGCGACAGCCUCGUCAACUACGAAAUUGUACUCGCUAAUGGAGAGAUUGCCAACGCCAACGCCAAAUUGAAUGAGGACUUGUGGAUCGCGCUGGCAACUUGGGUAUCGUCACUAGUUUCGACCUUGCUGUCUUUGAACAAGGCCCCAUGUGGGACGGCAAGGUCUUCUACUUCCAACCCAGUUUCUCCGCGCAAAUACAAAGCCUCAUCGACUAUCUGCUCGACCCCAAUGCCGAUGUAAAUGUUCAUAUCUGUGUGAGCCUUGGGUAUACCGCCUCCAUUGGGAGUAUUCUGGGUAUCUUUCACACAAAACCCGAGAAGGUAAAAGCGCUCGAACCGUUUGCGGAUAUCCAACCUCAGAUCGCCUAGAUGAAGUCCAUUCGUGUUGAUAGCCUGAAGAAUCUCACCACUAAAACAUAUUCCGGCGCAGCUACCAACAGGUGAAUACAUUUGCACUCACUACUAACAGGUACGUACCUAAAUGCCGCCCGCUGUCGGUCAACAACGGUUGUUGAGCUGUAAAAUGAUUUUCUAUAGAAUAACAGUUCAAAUCAGAUCUGAUAGAUAAUAUGACACGACAGUUAUCAUAGGAAAGUGGUUGUAAGUAGGUACGUAGGUUGCAUUGUUUU